AUGCCGACUCCGAGUGAUAACACCCCGCCCUUGAAUGCUUCAAUCGCAGAAGAAAUCUCCGCUCGCUCUACCUGUCCGCCGGAGGUUGAUAGAGAGAGUCUACAUACCAGAGAAGAAGGGCCGUACCCCUGGGUGUCGGCGUGGGAGAGGAGAAACACCAGCGAUGAUGCUCCCGACAACACCUUCUCGCCAACCGGUCCAUCAAACCAUACUGCCUUAACACCAUCAGAUGGAACUCCCUUUACUUCUACCGAUGCGGACCCCGUGACGGGCGAGCCAGUAGCCAGAGCGCCCACGAAGGGCGUGGGGAGAUCGGAAGACGAACCUGCUGCGGGGAGACUGAGCCCUGCUGCGGAGUCAUCCUGCUCCUCCGGCCCGGUAUCUCCAGUCACCCCUUCAUCAGCUACUUCUCUGCUAAGCUAUGAAUUUUCUAACAUCCGCCUUUUACCCAAUUAUUCGUCGUCUUUUCUGCGACCGGGAAGUAGAUUUACUGGUACACAGCAGUCAGACAGCCAUGUCUACAGCGUUGAUGUAGAGAUUAAGCACGUUGAUAUGCUUGAAUCUUAUCUUUGUGGAUACCUCCGCAUACAAGGUCUCACCGAGGAUCACCCUACUUUAACAACGUUCUUUGAAGGCGAGAUCAUUGGAACCAAGCACACAUUCAAAACUAGAAAUGAAGCAUGGGGCGCGACCGAAAAGACUGACAUGCAACAUUGGGGAAGGUUUCCCGCUUGGCGAUCGCAGGCGAAACAGGCGAAGAAACCGGAUUUCACAUUUCGAAAUUUUGCCCAGCGUGAGCACCUUUUCAUGCGUUGGAAGGAGUACUUCCUCGUUCCCGAUCAUCGCGUGAGGUCGAUCUCCGGAGCUAGCUUCGAAGGCUUCUAUUACAUCUGUUUCAAUCAGGUGGAGGGAACGGUUGCUGGGAUUUACUUUCACGCCAAGAGCGAAAAGUAUCAACAACUCGAGCUCAGACAUGUCAAAGACUAUGGUUGUGCGCCAGCCAUGGAGUUCCGUUGA